UCCUUCCUCUGCAAACACGGGCAUGGGACGGGCGUUUAAAAAGAAACGGCAGGCUCGGCGCGGACAACUUUCAAGUAAGACGCUGAAAAACAGGGCUUCUCUGGACGUUUGUGUCGUCGGAGCGGUGUGCCGUGUGCCGUUUAAACUUACAGAAUGAAGAAUUUAAUUUUGCUGCUUGCGUCUAUCGCGAUUCUGCCCCAAGUCGACGGAGAAAUCCCGAAUAGCAUUUCAUGCACUCCGAAGCAAUGCUACACCGCGUUUGAGAUCAGAGCAAGUUUUCAAACCGCAGUUGAUAUGUGUGAAAAAAUAGACGGACACCUGAUGUCAGUGAGGUAUAGUGCAUCAAACGACGCGAUGGGCGAGUUGUUACGCGAUGCUGAAGGAGAGUUUUGGAUUGGGCUGCAGUUCAACGGUAACGGAUGCACGGACACCUCCCGCCUGAGACGGUAUGUGUGGAUAACGGGGGAUACAUUGACUAACUUCACCAACUGGAGUGACGGAGACAGCGAGCCUUUCUGCGCUCCGACGUGCGUUUCUGUUUCUCGCGACCUCAAGUGGAAAGGGAGAUCGUGUGACAAGAUCAUGGACGGGUUCCUGUGCGAGCACGACCGCACUAAAGUAUGCGCUCCCCUGGAGCCGAGAGAAACGGACGAAUCUGUUCAUUACAUUACUCCGUUUGGAAACGAGGGGGAAGGGCCGACCAUGCUUCCCAUGGGGAGCGUGGUGACGGGGAGGCCGUCGGGAGUCAAACACAUCUGUACGCCCGAUGGCGUGUGGCUGAGAGCGCCCUGGUCCUGCGAGGUGUUGAACGGCGGCUGUGAACACAAGUGCGUCACCAAGACGCCACAGUGCACCUGCCCGGCCGGCACGGCGCUUCAGCGCAAUAACAUAACUUGUACACCAAACGACGCCUGCGUCAACCUGGGCUGUGAGCAGUUAUGCCUGGCAGGCGCCUGCUUGUGUCGCGAUGGAUACGAGCUGCUGGCGGACGGGAAAGGAUGCCGCGACAAAGACGAGUGUCGCGAUACAAUGAUUUGUCCCAACUCGAACUGCGUUAACACGAUAGUUACACCGACUUCCAACUACACAAAGGACGUCACCUCCGCGGUGACGGCUGGGGGGCUUCUUGGGAUCACGGUGUGCGUCGUGCUGAUGAUUCUGAUCAUCGUGUUCCUUGCGCACCAAAUCUCCAGGCGUCGCUCGAGCUGGAAUAUCGCGUGCAUGCUUAAAAGCCCAGGCGAAGACCUACAGGAUUUACAGCAAGUGACGACGCAAAAGUACACGAAAAAAUCUUCAUUUGUAAACAGAAAUGUAAAACAAGACACUUAAAACGUUACCGUCGGGAUUAUUGUACAUCUCUAAAGCGUUUAGUUCAGUUCCCUGGUUUCUCAUCUACAAUAUGCUAUGUGUUUACAAAUGUUUAAAUAUGAAAAUGCAAUUGCACUUUUAAUGGAGAUUUAUAUAUAUAUAUAUAUAUAUAUAUAUAUAUAUAUAUAUAUAUAUAUAUAUAUAUAAAUUAUGUUCCUGUGAGGACUGCUUGAUGAAAACCAAACGUGCUUUUACCCUCAAUGAUGGUGUAUUUAACUGAAAUACCAAAGACACAAACUGCACAAAUGUAUUACUGUGUUCAGAACGGUCUGCUCUUGCCCGUAUAUUCACGGUAUUAGGCGUUGCAGCUACGACUACUAUAAACCAGACGGUUGAUUUAAUAUUGUGUUAAUGCUGUCAAAAGCUACAUCCAUAAUGAGACGAUUAAAAUGGCACAAACAUAGGAUAUCUUGCCAUAACUGUCUGCCAAACAGCAACACGAUUGUCAAGAUGUGCUACACGUGCGUAAUAACUUAUACCAUUUGUCAUUUGCUAUUUAUUGUACUGUUGUCUGCUAUUCUAUUCAGUUUUUAUGAUAUCGGACUCUGUACUUGCACAACAUUACUGCCUUAAUAAUGUUUUCAAUAGCCAAACGAAGUUGUACCCUAGUUUAUCGGGUAAUUCAAGUGAUUUUUGGGCCAAAUUGUCGCCAUUUUAAAUUACCUACAUGAAUAUCAGGAUACCACGAAUACGAUUAAACAGCGAAUUAUUUUUGUGUCAUGCUUGGCACAAAGUGUACACGUACAAAUGUAUGCUCCUGAACUCAAGCAAGUACAUCAACUUGUCUUUGCUGGAUGGAAGAGCAAAUAAAAUGUUUUUGAUGUUUUUGAA